GUCAAGCCCAUGACCAAUACGAAGAGCAUCAUGCCAAGGGUCCCGCUACCCCCUCGAACGUUCCUGUGACACAUGAACAGCUAGUAGCUCCAGCGCAUCGCACAUGAACACUGGCAGGAAAGAAUCGUUGUGCGAGAGCGCGAAUAACGCCGGUACACAAGGACAUAUAUCUAGGGGCUCUCGCCUCGUAGUCUCAGCAGUGCUUCCACACCAUGUCUCAUCACCACCACCACCACCACCACCACCACAAGAGAGCGUACGGCGAUUGCGUGAACGGCAAUCUUCAUGAAGCCGUUUCGGCGUGGUUCCUUGGGCCUCAAGCCGAAAACGCCGACAUCCUCACAGGACUGUUCGAGGAGACAGUCAAGCUGCAGAAGCAGUCACGUCUUGACUAUUAUCCUGAGGAUGGCGCAUUCAUAACCGCCGACAUCAGAGAGUCUCAGACCUUCCAGGACCGUAGGGACGAACUCAUCGAGAAGUUCACCCUAAUCAGCAAGCUGCUCUUUGAAAACUCCAUCCCCUUUUUCUCUCAGCGCUAUGCUGGGCACAUGUCCUUCGAGAUGGGCAUGCCGGGUAUACUCGGUUGGGCGGCGGGUGUACUCAACAACCCAAACAAUGUCGCCUUCGAAGCCAGUCCAAUUACGACCCUUUUGGAGAUUGACGUUGGCCACGACAUGUGCGAGAUGUUGGGCUACACAGAGAAAGAUUCCAGUGGUCAACCGCUCUAUUGGGGACACAUUGCCUGCGACGGGACCGUCGCCAACUUGGAAUCUAUUUGGGUUGCCCGUAACAUCAAGUAUUACCCUCUCUCGCUCCGCGAUGCAAUGAAGCCUGAGAACGAACUUAACUACAUUUCUGAUUCGUUCGAAGUUACUCUCCCUACGGGCCAGUCGAAGCUCCUCGCUGAUCUCAGCCUGUGGGAACUCCUCAACCUUACGGCCAACACCAUCCUCGAUGUCCCCAGGCGUCUCGAGGCCCAAUACGGCAUCACCCCUACGUACUUGGACUCCGUGCUUGGCAAGUACAUCGUCCAGACGCGCGGCAAGCAGGCCGUCGAACUCGAAUGGGGCAUGAAGACUUCGCCUCGAUACUUUAUCUCCGGGACCAAACACUAUUCCUGGCCGAAGGGCGCAGCACUCGCCGGGCUUGGUUCCGAGAACAUGAUUGACAUCCCUAUCGACAUCAACGCUCGAGUGGACACGAAGAUCCUGCGUGAGCGUCUCCAGGAGUGCCUGGACCAGCAGAUCCCCGUCUUCGCCGCCGUCGCGAUCAUCGGCUCCACCGAGGAGGGCUGCGUCGACCCGCUCGACGAGAUCCUCGACCUCCGCGACGAGUUCGAGCCACAGGGCCUGUGUUUCCUCGUGCACGCCGACGCCGCGUGGGGAGGAUACUUCGCGUCAAUGAUUCGCGACAAGCCGGUGUACGACCAGCCCGGUGCCCCGCGCAGAGAAGAGCCCGAUCGAGACUUCGUGCCCUCUGCUACGCUCAGGGAUUCUACGAUCCGCCAAUUCCACGCGCUUGCGCGCACGGACUCGAUCACGAUCGACCCCCACAAGGCCGGCUAUGUGCCGUACCCCGCCGGCGGACUGUGCUACCGCGAUGGCAGGAUGCGUUACCUCGUCACCUGGAGUGCGCCGUACCUCCAGCAGGCGGACACUGGCGAGAGCAUUGGCGUGUACGGUGUUGAAGGAAGCAAACCUGGUGCGGCUGCUGUUGCGACCUAUUUGCACCACCAGGUCGUUGGUCUGCAUAAGGAAGGACACGGAGCCUUGCUCGGCGAAGUAUCUUGGUCCUGCCGCAGGAUUUCCGCUCACUGGGCCGCCAUGUCUGUCGCCAGCGACCCAUUCAUCGUAGUUCCUCUGAACCCACUCCGUUCAGAGCCGGACCCAGAUGCCGUCGCUAAGGAGAAGGAUUACAUUCGCACCUCUAUCCUCGGCCAAUCGAACGAGGCGCUUGUCAAUGACACGACCGCUAUGGAUGAACUCCAAAGCCUGGGGUCAGACCUGAACAUCAACGCCUUCGCUUGCAACUUCCGCAUCAACGGCGUCGCUAACUCGGACGUCGAGGAGGCGAACUAUCUCAACAAUGCGGUCUUCAAGCGUCUAUCCAUCACGACGCCGAACAAGAGCCCCAAGGAUAUUCCGAUGUUCUUGUCCGCGACGACGUUCAAGGUCGCUGAUUACGGAGUCUGCGUGCAACACUUCAAGGAGCGGCUGCAGCUGGAGACGGAGUCAAACCAGGACCUCUUCCUCUUGCGCAACGUCUGCAUGUCGCCCUUCCAGACGGCCGGAAAUUUCGUGGAAGAGCUUGCGAACAUCUUUCAAAGCGUGCUGGAAGAAGAGAUGCAGCAUGUCAUCGCCCGCAAUACCAUCACGCCGCAGCAACACUCGUUCAUUCUCCAAGGAUACGAUGUCAACACGUCCUCUAGCUCUGCCAAGGCUUUCCUCGUCUACAGGCCAUACUUCCAUAAUGCCAACGGCCGCUUCCAAGCCAUUCUCAGUGCUGACAUCACCAACGACGUCGGACGACCCACACACUCAUCCGCGUCUACUUCGGACGUCCUGUGCCUUACUACGACUGAUGACUUGAAUAUGGCCGACAUUUUGCAGGAUGGCGCCACGUUCCGUGCCACGCUGGGUGUAGGGGACGCUUCAGGUGCCCCGCCGGUGAUUAAGCACGUGGUGGUCUCCAACGUCCGGGUGAUCAAAAACCGGCCGCUCGACUCGCGCUGGCGCGACCACGACUAUCCCGCGACGUUUGUCCCGUUCUACCUAUACGGCGCCAACGGCCGCUACUUCGUGGAGCACGCGCUCGUCAAGGCCCCGAACGCGCAGCUGACCGCCGAGGUGCAGCUCAGCACGCCGCUCAGCGACGCGCAGCUCGCGCGCGGCCUGUCCCUCGCCGUCGCGCGCCCCGAGGCCGCGAUGCAGCCCGCGGACGCAGCGAGCACCGCGUGGUUCGCGCCCGAGAAGACGUACGGCGUCGCGGUGUUCGACGACCCGAACGGCGCGGGCGCGCACGGUCCGGGUCUCGUGUCUGCGCUCGCCGGCGGCGGCACGCCCGUUGCGACGGGCACGAUGACCAUCACGCAGCACGCGUACGUCGACGUCGACCGGCUCAACACGCAGGAGUUCACCGGCCGCGACACGCACCGGAUCAAGAACUUCACGUCGCGCGAGGCGCACCCGCAGACGAAGCAGGAGUGGAGACAGCUUGUGCAGGCUGCGGUGGGGCAUCGCCAUGGCCCGCGUGCCUGAGCUGUUGAGUCCGAGCAAACGAUAGU